AUGGGAGGGUAGAGUCCCCUCAGCCUCUCUGACAUCCACACAGCGAGAAGUGAUGCAGCGCCGCUGAGACGCGCAGUCGGGGCGGAACAACGGGCAACAAAAGCCGCAGCGAGCGGAUACUCCGCGAUCCGGCGUGCGGGGUUUUCUCUUUUGCGGUUUUUCUUUUUCUUACUAUUUUGUGCGUCGUGGGAAAAUCUCUCUCCGCUGGAAUAAACUUCAAGAAUCAGGCGCUGACUGACUGCCGCCCAACGUGAGUCCUGCCUCAUCCUGCCUCAGCAGAUCACAGCAUGAGAGGCGAGCUGAUCCUCUGACCAGGAAGUGGUGGAUGCGAACCAGUGGGGCGGUUUGAGGCUUGCUGCUGCUGUGGUUAUGGAUCGGAGGAGACUCUGCGCUCUUAUGAUGCUGUGGGCCGUGGUCCAGCUCAGCUGUCCGGGCUGCAGCCUCAGGGCGCUGCGAAGGACUACAGGGGGGCGGAGAGGGCUGACGGGUCAGGACGCCAACGGAGUCCCGCUCCGGCGCUCCAAACGGGGCUGGAUGUGGAACCAGUUCUUUCUGCUGGAGGAGUAUACUGGGACAGACAUGCAGUACGUGGGAAAGCUCCACUCGGACGGCGACAGAGGAGACGGCAGCGUGCGUUACGUCCUCACCGGCGAGGGCGCCGGGACGCUGUUCAAGAUCGACGAGAAGUCCGGCGACAUCCACGCCACCAAGAGGCUGGACCGCGAGGAGAAGGCCUACUACAUCCUGCACGCCAAGGCCGUCAACCGGCUGACCAACGAGGCGCUGGAGGGCGAGUCCGAGUUCAUCAUCAAGAUCCACGACAUCAACGACAACGAGCCGCGCUUCACCAAGGACCCGUACAUCGCCCAGGUGGCCGAGAUGUCCGACGUCGGCACCUCGGUGAUCCAGGUGACGGCCACGGACGCAGACGACGCCACCUACGGGAACAGCGCCAAGGUCGUGUACAGCAUCUUGGAGGGCCAGCCGUACUUCUCCGUGGAUCCGGAAACAGGUCUGAUCAAGACGGCGCUGCCCGGCAUGGACCGGGAGAUGAAGCAGGACUACCAGGUAGUGAUCCAGGCCAAAGACAUGGCGGGCCAGAUGGGCGGGCUCUCAGGAACCACCACGGUCAGCAUCACCCUGUCGGACGUGAACGACAACCCGCCGCGCUUCUCCAAGAGCCUGUAUGAGUUCAGGGUGCCUGAGUCCAAAGAGUUGGGCUCCACGGUGGGAGUCAUCCACGCCAUAGACGCCGACAUCGGCCAGAACGCCGAGAUGAACUACAAGAUCAUCGGGAGCGACGGGCCGGGCGUGUUCGACGUCUUCGCCAACAGGAGCACGCAGGAAGGCGUCAUCGUGAUCAAAAAGCCUCUGGAUUACGAGAAGAAGCGUCAGUACAGCCUCCGCAUCCAGGUGAAAAACGUCGACAUCAACCCGCUCUUGUACUCCAUGGGGCCCUUCCAGGACGAGGCCAGCGUCAAGGUCGUGGUGGAGGACGUGGACGAGCCGCCCGUCUUCGAGCGCCCCAGCUACAUCAUGGAGGUGAGGGAGGACGCGGCGAGGAACGCCAUCAUCGGGUCGGUCAGCGCGUCGGAUCCGGACGACAAACACAGCCUGGUCAGGUACACCAUCGACCGGCGGACAGACAUGGACCGAGUGUUCAACGUCCAUGCAGGAAACGGCUCUGUGUUCAUCCUCCGGGAGCUGGACAGAGAGGAGAACGCCUGGCACAACAUCUCCGUCAUCGCCACAGAGUUCAACAACCCGCGACAGAUAAGCCGUGUGCCUGUAUACAUCAGAGUGCUGGACGUCAACGACAACGCUCCAACAUUUGCCACCAAUUACGAGACGUUUGUGUGUGAGAACGCCAAGGCUAAUCAGAGGAUACAAAUCGUGAGCGCGACGGAUCCAGACGAGCCGCUCGGAGGACAUCGCUUCAUCUUCAGUCUGGCUCCGGAGGCCGUCGGAAAGGCCAACUUCUCCGUACGCGACAACAAAGACAACACGGCCUGGAUCCUGACCAGGAGGAACAGCUACAACAGCCUCCAGAAGAGCGUGUACCACGUCCCGGUGGUGAUCACGGACGGGGAGUUCCCGGUGCAGAGCAGCACCAACACCCUCACCAUCAGGGUGUGCACCUGCGACCGCGAGGGCAACAUGAAGCUGUGCAACCCGGAGGCGCUGACGGCGAGGGCUGGGCUCAGCACCGGCGCCCUGGUGGCCAUCUUGCUCUGCGUCGUCAUCCUGCUCAUGAUCGUGGUUCUGUUCGCCGCCCUGAGGCGCCAGAGGAAGAAGGAGCCUCUGAUCAUCUCCAAGGAGGACGUCAGGGACAACGUCGUCAGCUACAACGACGAGGGCGGAGGAGAGGAGGACACGCAGGCCUUUGAUAUUGGCACGCUGCGCAACCCGGAGGCCAUCGAGGAGAACAAGCAGCGGCGGGACAUCAUCCCCGAGACCUUCUACCCACCGGUCCGACGGCCUGUGGUGCCGCCGCCGCCCAGCCGGGACAAUAACGGCGACGUGAGGGACUUCAUCAACCAGCGCCUGCAGGACAACGACAGCGACCCCACGGCGCCGCCGUACGACUCGCUGGCCACCUACGCCUACGAGGGCAACGGCUCGGUGGUGGAGUCGCUCAGCUCGCUGGAGUCGGUGACCACUGAGGGCGACCAGGACUACAACUACCUGAGCGAGUGGGGGCCGCGCUUCAAGAAGCUGGCGGACAUGUACGGCGGCGACGACAGCGACUCCUAACAAGAACCCGACGCACGGACGGAAGCGUGACGUGAAAUCUGGACUUUCAGGCGGUUUGGGCCUGUGGAGGCGCGGCCGGCGUGAACGUCGGGUUCCUGCGCAGUCCAGCCGUCCCUCCGGUGACCAGACGUAGGCUUUGUGUGUCCAGUCAGUGUUAGUUGCGUUUUUGCAGGGACGCAGUGAAGACUUUUUCUUUUUUCUGUGUGUGUGUAUACAAGGUCCAAACGAGGCCCGAAUAUAUCAACAGAUUUUAUUUAGUUGUUUUUUACAUUUUUUUCCCGAAGCUGCCUGAGACUUCCGGACUCUACAAGCAGCUUGGUGACCAACGGAUAUGCCGACGUAUUUUUCAGUGUUUCUGGGACUAAAACAUGCUGCAUAUUGUGAGUUCUAUCUUAGCUUGUGUACGUACGGUAAUAUGACACAAUCCGCUGUACAGUUUCCUUUUCUAGGGAUUUUUAUCUCUCUCCCCACUUCUUCAGUCUGAGCUUAAUUCACCAGGCAGUAGCUGCGUUUCUAUUCACCGUAAAAAUUGUGCAAAUUGUGACUAUGAAAAUAAAUUUGCCACUUUCUAAAAGAACUAAAAGAGAUGGUUUUCAGUUGCUAUGCAGAAUUGGUCAGAACUCCGACCACUAGAUGGCAGUGAAGUGCUUCUAACACGAUCGAUGGUUUGCGUACAAUAACAGGCAUUGAUUAAAUAAAUGGCUUUGUUGUAAAUUUACAAGUUGUUAAAUGAUUGAGAUUGUUUUUAAAUAUUUUAACUAAUUUAUCUCAAAUAUCAUUCUUCAUUAGCUGCGUUUUAAUUAAAUGUAAAAUUGUGCAAAUUGGAAUUAAGAAAAUAAAUUUGCUUGAUGGCUGAUAUGGUUUUUCAGCUGUAUCAAAAUUUAUGUAUUUGACGAAACUGCAAUAGAAACACUUUUUUCGCAUCCAAUGAUUCAUGUGAUCAACAACCGGAUGUUGUUGAUGUUUCUCCACUGGCGGAAACGGCAAAGAAGACAACAGGAAGUAGAUGGAGAUUAAUGGCGCCGCAUGGUUUUAACGCGUUUCUUUUUUAAUGGAAACACAGCAAUUGCGAAAUAAAUCAACUAUUCUUUGCGCACAUUUGUAAUGGAAACGCAGCUGCUGUCUGCUAUACACCAAGAUAAAGUUAAAUGUAAACAGUUUUGAGGUUUUCGUUGUGAGGUGAUGGAUUAUUUCCUCCCAGUAGAGGAAUGUUUAAGAACUACCUACACAGAUUAUUUUAGUUUUAAUCUGAUCCAAUAAGGAAAAUACUGGUCUUGCUAAAACUUCUUGCUGACUUUACCAGAAAUGGAAGAAGUUCUGAGUCACUUCCCUUUUUAUCUAGGUAGAAAGUUUUGGUUAUACACAUCUAAUUGACUGCUUGCGAAGAAACAGUAGAAAGAGUUACAGCACUAUCAACCACUAUUUUCCACCAUCCUGAUUUGUAAAAAUUCAUAUCCAGGCAUUUUCUAUAAUUUUAUCCUUCCACUAAACUUUCUGUUAACAUGCCAAUGUUUUGUGGCCGUUAUGAAAAUUUUAAUAUUACAAGUGGUGUAUGCAGAUUGAGCUUUUAAAAAUGAAUGAAAAUAGAUUUUAGCUUUUUAGAUUAGAUUUUGUUUUUCCCAGGAAUAAAGUCUCAUCGGCCUCCAGAACGUCCGAAUCAAGUGCUGGUAUUGACAUUUUGGACUAAGAAGCAGCAGUUGUGCAACAGAAAUGUGCCAAAAAGCAAAGAGGACCAGUAUUUUCCUUCCUCGCGCCUCAUUACAUGCGCUGUACCUCGCUGUGGAGCCAGAGCAAACGCUCGGCUUUACCCAGCUGAUUUCCUGCGGGACCUCCAGCCUCCUCCAUAAAGAUGCUUAUCGAAGGGGCACCUGACCUUUGAGCGGCGCAGAAUUAGGCUUUUAAACCCAGAAGAUUGUCCUCAGCUCGGAGAGAAGGUCAGCACAUCGACGAGGACACACGAGAGGUUCGCUUUAAAUGUGAUUUGGAAAACAAAGGCGAGCGAUCCUUAAGCUGCAGUAUUAACAGAAUUAGUCAAAGACCUUCUGAAGAUGAGUAAACAGCUCUGAGUUCAGCCCAGUGUCUCUUUCUGAGAGGGGAGAAACUACAACAUGCUCUGCCCUCGCUGGAACAAAAGGCCAACCUGUGAAGAGGCUGACAUUUGUUAGACAUUUGGAACAGAAAUAACACAAUGGCAUAAUUGCCAAAGAGCUACUUUCUUCUCUCCGUCUGUAAUGGUGACGGCUAUUAAACAUGCUGGCUGAUUAUAGAGGCUGGAAAACUCUGAGAGGUUACUAUAAAAUGUUGUUUUGUUUAUUAACUUCAGUUUUCAGACUGAAGCAAUGUUGCUAUGAUAAGAAUUUAAUCAUCAGCACAGGAUAAAGUCAAAACAGAGGCAGUAUAACUGGAGCAGGAGGAUUCAUCACAUAAAUCUGGCUAAUUGCUAACCUUGAUAACCUAGCAACCAGUGGUUACCAAUGACAAGGUGACAACUUCCCACUUGAGUUAGAACCUAAAAGAAAUCAUCUAAAACAUGCAGCAAACUGAAAUAAAGCAGUGGAAUACACCAAGCCAACAGCUAGCUAGACCAAUAAUGGUAUCAUACUUUUAUUUUUAGCACAAGUUUUAAAUCUGAUCACAAAAUUCUUUAAUAAAUAUAAAAGAUUUUCAGGUCCAACUUUGAAAACCAGUCUAACAGCUAGCUGUCCAGUUUUAUGCCUGACUAAUUUAACCACUAUAACAGAAAUGAAAACAGUAUGUUUUAUUUUUUUAAACCCAAGUUCUAAAAUUUUUAUUUAAAAAUCAUUCAAGCUGAUUUACCAAACUCUGAAUAAACCAAUAAAGAUUUACGUUUCUUCAGCUAGAACAAGAGAAGAGAUUAUUGUGUUGCUAACUAUGCUAGCUAUUAGCAUAUGCUAGCUAUUAGCAUAGUUAGCAACACAAUAAUUCUCAUCCUCAGUAAAGAGAUCCAGUUAGCUUACAUUCAGAAGAAAGCUGUGUGGUUUAUUCUCCUCCUAAAAUCUAAAUGGUUGCUUCUGUCCGAUUAUUCGACCAGCAUGUUCAGAUUAAGAACCCACAGAGUUACACACAUCUUUGCUAGACUCAAGCUAACAAUGCUAACAAUUAGCAUCUGUAGCACUGCAAAGCCAAUGUUGCAGAUUACAUUUCAUUUAUUAAUGCAAAUGAUUAAGAUUCAAUAUACAGAAGUUGACAAGGAUUUUAACAUUUGGCUAGUAGCAUUUUGAAGCUAUCCAAAUUAGCUGCUUACAUUUCUCACAGAUAAGCUACAGUAUGCUAAUUCCUGCUGCCUUGAGUUUAGUCAGGUAAACAAAAAUAAAAAUAAAUAGAACUGAGUUACUACUAGUUAUUUUUAUAUUUAACAUAUAAAAGUAGAAAGUUACAUUCCCAUCCAAGGUUGGUAACCAUCCACUUCUUUGGCUACUAGCAUUUCAAAUAUUAGCUGCUUUAAAGAAGAAAAUGUUAUUGUACGACCACAUCCCACUGUCUACAUGUAUUUAUGCUAUGAUCAAGUAAACUUCCUAGUAGAUUGAUCAUUAGCAUGGGGGCACUAAUAAAUAUGCAAAUCUCUUGCUGGAGAUUGAUUACAGUAAUAACAGUUAGCAUCAUUAGCAUUAAAAUUCAGAAUUUAGUUUUAACCAACAUAUGCCUGAUAAUUAUUAGCAUUACUAACUCAUAAAAGUAGACAAAUAACAUUUUAAUAGUUCUAAACUAGCCAAUCCUCCACUUUGGUUACUAGCAUUUUGAUGCUAAUUAAGCUACACACUUACAUAGCACAAAAAAUCUACAGUUUGCUACCUGUUCCUACUACCUGGCUGUUGGACAAUCCAACUAGUUCAUCAUUAGCAUAGCAAGGCAGCUGAAUAUAGCGAAAACCUAACAUGACUCAAGAAUCACUGCAUUAGCUUCACAAUGCUAGUGCUACUAGCUGUAAUAAACUUCUUUAUGCUAAUGAUUAGAAUUGCAAAGCAGCUAAACUAAUAAACUUUGAUUUCAUUGUAAAGUAACUAUGAGAUGGAUUAAAAAGUUUGAUAUAAGCCUGAUGACAUUUCAUUUUACAAACUAGCUUUAGCAGCUAGCAUUUGAAAGCUAACUAUAUUAGCUAGUAACAGUCAUCAGAAAGCUCUUGUUUUUUCUGGGUUACUUAUUCAACUUUUUGCCUAGGCUAGUGGAGUGGUUGUCUUGUUAUUGUCACCACUGCGGGUUGCUAAAUUUUCAAAGUUAGUUAAUUAUCAGCCAGAUAGCUAGCUGGCGUCCAUUAAAAAUCUCAAAUGGAUGUAAACAGAAGUGUUUUAUAUUACCGUUUCCAUAUGGGGUAUAAUCAUGUCACCAUUAUUGGGUUUUUCUUUUCUUUUUCCUGGUGUGUGAGGCUAACGGUUGGCGACACUGAAGUCCAGAUGCAGUAGAUCUGUGGUUGUUGAUGUGCAGACGCGGUGGGCCUCGCCUCUUCUAUGCUAUAACUCCGUCGGUGGCAAUGUGGUUGAGUUUUGUUCAUGUAGAAACAAUCUGAGAACUAGUGGUAGUCUGCGGAGGCCCGACGCGACCGGCCAUUCAUCACUCUGCUUUGUAAACCGUGAUAUUUUGUACUGAAUAUUUAUAUGACAUUAAAUAUGUUUAAAAUGA